UUUUGAUUCAAUGAUAUUUUCCCCCUUUCUUUGUGAUUUUAUUCUGAUGUUUUUCAGACUCUCUGAUUUCAAAAAGAGAAACAAUUUCUCAGCCAUAGUUAUUUGAACUUUCUGAGAACCAACUGUUGGUGCUAAGGGUUCAUGGCAUUAACUGGCUGCUGCAUCAACCAGGUUCGAUGAAGGAACUAUACAAUGUGUUGCAGAUUUUAGAAUUCGAUAUGCAUUCAUGGAAUCAAUGCCUGAUAGAAAUUGUGUAUGAUUUUGGAGAAGCUUGGCGGAAGACAAAGCCCUACAAGUUGUUUUCCUAUGAGUGGCUUCAAUGGCCGCGCCUUCUGCAAUAGGUGGGGACAUUUGUUUUGCGUCGAAAAUAACAACAGUCAUCAUUUGUUGGUGACUCAACAAAUUUCCUAGUCGAGGUGCAGUAUGACUUAGGAAGUAUGUUGUUGUUACUGUAGUUCAGAAAUGUCCAGAGGUUUUUGGACUUGGAUGAGGCAAUGCUCUUGAUAUGGAGGUUUGGAACAUGGCUUUUCAUCCUGCUUUUCCGGACAUCUUGGAAGGUUAUUUAUUAUGACUUGAAACCCCAUACCGCAGAACUUGUAUAUGAUUUUGGAGAAGCUUGGCGGAAACAAAACACUACUUCCUAAAAGUGGCCUCAACGGCCUCGUCUUUUGUAGCAGCUUCUAUCAAACUAUGUGGCAGUCCAUUUCAUAAUGUUUUGUUCACUCAUGAAAGACUGGGUUUGCUGCAAUAUGUAAGACAACUUGAUAUUUUGUGACAAUCAAGUUGCGUAACAUUUGGAGCGAACAGUUGAGGAACGAAGGCUUUGGUUGAUCAAGACACUUUAAUAUUAAGAUAAAGAGAAUAGAUUGAAAGGAGGAAAAGAAUUUAAAGGAUCUUGGAGAAGCUAUCACAUAUUCACGCAUUUAUAGUGAUUUUGUACUAACAUAAUAUAGAAACAUACUCUGAGAAACAUGUUUAAUAUAUAACGUCUACCAGAAUUUCCCAUGGCUUACUCGCGACCAGUACCUUUUUCAUAAUCACCACAUAGCAUUGGUGAUACUUCAAAUGGAGGCAUUGGUGGUGUUUUCCGUAACUCCAAAGUUGAAAUUAUACUAGGAUUCUCCAAACACUUACUAAUAAGGAACAACGUAAAUGCUGAAGUAGAGCCUUGUUGUAAGUAUUAUGGCUUGAAGACAGCCAUGGCUUCACUCUCGUUGACAUAUCUCUAGAUGCACAUGGAGUUGUAACAUGAUUAACUAGUUGGUUGACCUCAUCAUCUGACAUGUUUACAGGGAACAAAACAUGUUGGGAGAUCAUUUUGCCAAGUAACGGUUAAGCAAAUGGGAUGGAAGUAAAAUUAUGAUUUUGACAGUUCCCCCUAGUUUUUGCAGUAUCUGUUUGAAGCAGACGUAAUGGGAACUGUAUUUUUGUUUGCGUCGUUUUUAUAAUGCUCAAGUUGUGGGCCCAUGUUUUUGUUCUAUUCAUACCGAUUAUGAUUUCUCAUACUAUACAGCUGUGUGGCUGGCAUGAUGAUGUUCUUUAUGAUGAUGUUUCAUAGUUAAUGUAAUUACUCCCCCAAACCUAUAGAUUGUUGGCAUUCCACCCACUAUUGAAGAUUGUCUUGGGCUAUUGGGUUGUAUCAAGGGUAAUACAGGAUUUAAUGAAAAUGUCUCAUUCACAACCCAACCCCUCGUUUUAAGUAUUUGCAUUUUCAUAGUUCAACAUUGUUAUUCAGCCCUACUACCAUUAAGUUUUAGGAGAGUCAGGGCGACAAAGAUAUGAACAAUAAGACAUGUUUAGUGUGCUCUAGUAGAAGUAGAAGAGCUCAUAAUUUGAUCUUUAAAGUACAUAACAUUUGUUUCCUAGAUUUGGGUGUAUGCAAACUCAAAUCAUCCAGACAGAAUACUCUACGCUUGCAGCGAGAUCAUAAACUUGGGAGGCGUUAUUUUGGGCCCUAUCAGGAUUGAAAACGCAUUGGCCCCGUCCAUUAUUGCUUGAAACUUCCCGAGUCUCCAAAAAUCUAUUAUAUUUUCCAUAUUUCUAUGUUAUUGGCACUUUGGAUCAACAGGUGACACCUAUGCAUCUGAGUGUUCUUACUACAGAGGAUCUCGUUGAGUCCAACCUCGAGGACAAGGUUGCUUUCCAGGAAGGGAGUAAUAUUGUGAAUGAGAAUAUUGUUGACUGGGAUGCCACUCAGGAUGAGCACAUGGGACUGCCAUAUAUGACUUCUAGAAAGGUUAUUCCUCCUAAAAUACUUGGGUAUUACGGUUGGAAAGGGGGAAGUUCACGUGAAGAAGGGUAAAGUUGGCAAAACGGUAGGCACAAGCAUCACGAGUGGAGCAUUGCGCUACAGGCUAUUUGAUUGUUCACGUGGGGAUUGCGUUUGGAAAGGGGGAAGUUCACGUGGACACUCUUUCUCUCUCAGUUUCUUUUAAGUUCCUAACCUCCUCCUUUUAUCAUUAGCUAUUUUACUGAUGCAUUUUACCUUGUAAUUUCUGAUUCCAAAGACUUUAAUACAUCUACAAAAAAGUUACUAUGCCCUUCAACCCAUUUUAGUUAGAAAUCAAGAUAUAAUCUAUUAUUUAUUUCCAUAUUUAUUUUCACUCAUUAAUGUGAAGAAGAAUUGAUUAAUGUUGUGAAAAAUAGAAUAGUUUUCACAUUGAAGUGGAGGGGUUCCACUUUUUCAUUUCUAAUUAAGGUGAAAUUUGAAUGGAGUCUUUCAUAAUCCCAUCUAAUAUUUCUUUCCCAAAAUCAAUCGCUUCUCUUCAAUUAGCCUAGAGCCAAGAGAUACCCAUCUUCCUCCUAAGCGAGCAAGACCCAGCUGCUACACUUUGGAGAGAGGUAAAGGUAGGUGAUCUACUCCUUCCGUUGAGUCCGAGGCUGAUUACACCUCUGGUGGAGGGGAAAAUUCGAAUCCAUAGAUGCCUAAACGGUCAGGUUUGCAGGUAUUAUUAGAAUGAAUUGUCAACACAAAUUGUUUGUUUCUGAGGAAAUUGUAAUCAAUAUAUUGAAUCGCUUGCCUCUAAAAUCGCUAGCGAGGUUUGAAUGUGUAUCAAAGAACUGGCAAAAAGUCAUUGCUGAAGUUUACCGUAAUCGUCUACGGUGGCCUAAACCCUAUCAAAUCGGUUUUUUUUUUGUAGAGCGACGUUCCCAAAGUCGUUUUUUCUUCUCAUCGAAGGAAUCACCACUUUUAGUUGGUGCUAUUUUGGAUAAAUCAAUCAAUUUCAUCGGGGAGAGAGUGUAUAUUGUUUCUUCAUCCAAUGGUUUUCUCCUCUGCAAUAAGCUUAGAAGCAGGCAGAGGGUUUAUUAUGUUUAUAACCCUGCCACAAGGCAGCGUUUGGAUCUCCCUAAAACUCAAAUAUGUAUGAAAGAUCCAUAUGUUGGAUUUACUUGUAAGGUAGAUGAGGAUAACUCUGUCUCAUUUACUAUAGUUCGUUAUGAAACACCUCCGAGUACUUGGCAUGAGCUCCAGUAUUAUUUAAUAAUUGAAAGUUUCUCUUCAGAGGCUAAUGUGUGGACUGCGAAUAAACAAAUUCUGGAUGUACCUUUGCAAUUGUACCCUUCCAGGGAUAAGAUCUCCUCAUCCUCGUCUGGUGUAGUCGAUGGAGUAUUCUUUUGGCUCGAUAAUAGUGGAGAACGAAUGACUGUUUUUGAUAGUGUAGAAAAGAGUUUUUGGGCUUUCGUAUUACCUGAAUGGAGGACACCGAACUAUCUCAAUAGUUGUUGUCUUGGUUUUACAGGCGGGGAACUCUGUUUUGCUUAUAAUCGUUUGAACAUCAUCACUUGUUGGCGACUCAUCAAUUUUCGUAGUCGAGAUAAUGCAGUAUGGGUUUGGAAGUAUGUUGUAGAUGUUACUGAUAUAUUUCAGAAAUGUUCAGAGGAUUUUGGACUUGGAGGAGGCAGUAAUCUUGGUAUGGAGGUUCAGAACAUGGUUUUUCAUCCUGUUCUUCCGUGCAUCUUGUAUUUGCAAAUAAGAGGAAAAGUUAUUGUUUGUGAUGUGUCCACGCGUGUGGUAGAACUUGUAUAUGAUUUUGGAGAAGCUUGGCGAAAGACCCACGAAUACAAAUUGUUUUCCUAUGAGUGGACUCAAUGGCCGCGGCUUUUAUAGACUGUCAACAGGUUCAGAGCCCAGUACUAGCGGUAAGUGAUCCUAGCUUUGAGUUGGCAAUAUAUCAAAGUUCCUGGAUGUAAUUGCUUGGCUGUUCACAUCUUCUGGACGUCUCUAUCUUGUUUAUUUCCUGUCAUUAUCCUUCGGACAGUUGUAUAAAUUUCGAAUUCUCUUACUCAUGUCACUGGAUUUUUCGGGUUGUAACUGUAUUCUUUUGAAUUUCUGUGUUGAUUUAUGGAAGUAUGACUUUUAAGACUUUA